ACACACUGACACACAGCACAGCACAGCACAGCAGAGCGGAGCUGAGCGGAGCUGAGCGGAGGAGCUCGCAUCCACACCGCCGACACACUGUGUGUUUUUGCGCGUUCUGCUGCGCUUUGUUUCGGUUUUUUUUUUUUUUUUUUAAAGUAUAUUUUAUUCUUCACUUCGAUGUCAAGUCUGACGAUGGUUUCUCUCUUAAAGUUUGAGUAAACUGUUUCACUCCGGUUGGGAAUAUCCUUUGGGAUUUUAAGGUGGACGCUUCACGACGCGCAGCUUGCAGAGAUCGUCCAGAGAGACUUCGCCCAGGAUUAUUUCUUUUCGACGCGUCAGCGCACAGCGGCGACUCGAAGCGCUUCGAGAAGAAGAACUCCGAACGUCCGGGCUGUUUUUUUUUUUUUUUAUUAUUUUGUUUUCUUUUUUAAACUCGUCCCGUCCCAGAAAUGGUGGGGCACCUACAUUUACAAGCGAUGGAUGAUAGCCUGAAAGGAAAGAACCGGGAAGGGCUGCUCGACAGUCCGGAUUCGGGGUUACCCCCAAGUCCCAGCCCGCCCUUCUGCUCGCUCUCUCCGGGUCUGAUCGAGUCGCGCUCCGGCAGCUGCACGACGCCCGUCGAAAGCCAUCAUGGAUAUUAUAGAAAGGAGAGCAGAGAAGGCAAACUGCUGCCCUACCUGCUGCUGAACUCCACGGGAACUGACCCAAAGACUCGCAUGCAUCCUGUGUUCUUCGGAGAGAGCAUCGAGGUCAACCCCAAACCAGAGCAGGAAAUCAAGUGCAACUCGGAGGUCAAGUACGACUCCGACAAGCACUACCAGGACCAGGUUUACUGCACCCCCGUCCCCACGGCCACCUCCUUCAGUGAGACGGUGGUGGCGGUGCAAAACUGCACCUGGAGGAGCUACAAGUCUCAGGUGUACCUGGAGCCGCGGCAAAAGCCCAUCAGCUACCGGAGCACCACCAUCAUCUACCCGAAACGUGCCAAGAACACUUACCGCACCACGCUCAACUACAACGCCACGGGCUCCCGCCGCUGGUUCGUCUCCACAGUGCAGCUGGAGUCCAGCGAGGACACGAGUCCCUGCAUCAUUUACACAGAGGAUCUGUAGGGCUGCAGGCUGCUCAUCUUCUUAGGAUUUGGAGGACGAGGAGCUCAGGAAGGCUCCUGUGGAAAGAGAAAUAAACUGGAGCCCCUCAGAAAAAAAAACAAACUUGUUCAUCUUAACUAGCCAUGGAGGGAACUCUGGGAAUCCUUCAGUGUAUUUAGACUUUCUACUGAUGCAGUCUUUCAAAAGGGAGUCGGUCCUCUGGCAGUUUAAAGCUGCCCCUCAAUGGUUGAUGUCUUAUUUAAAACACAAGCAGACAAAUUGGUGGCCUUUGCUCUCCUUCAGGUUGGAUUGUAACAUUGGUGAAGGUGACUGUCGGAUUGUCUGUGUACAUAGAGAAAAGUCAAGAUGGUGCGUGUCAUGGAUUCUACGCCAAUGCAAAGCUUUCUGACGUGCAGUUAUUGCACUCGCAUCGUCACAGUCCUCUCUGUGACGGGGUGGGAGGGGGAUUUCAGUGCUGCAUGUGAAAUAUUGGACCAAAUAUAGUUUGAACAGUUUAUCUCUAACAGAACAUGCUUUUAACAGUUUUAAUUAACACACAUUCAAACAGCGGCUUGUUUACUUCAGUAAGAACAAGAGUGUUUCUAGAAUAAAGUCUGAAGUCUAAUCAAAAGAGGGAUGACAGCACAGAAGCAAAAGAUGGCCUUGAGAAUGUUUGAAAAAAAGAAAAUAUUUGAAUACUUUGUUGGAGUUGAGGGUGCUUUGGUAAAGAGGUUCCUGUUUGGUUUCUAGGUGGUGCUGAAGAGCUGCAGCAAUUAUUAAGUUUGGGGGGAAAAAAACAUCCUUAAUUAUUAUUUGUAAUGUAAAACCCAGUCAGCGGAAUACAUUUUGGCAGUGUAUGUUCAGUCAGGUAGUUUCAACAAGAAAUACAAAUGUCAAUGUAUCUGUGUCUUGCAAAAAAACAUUCAAGGCAAACACUUAAUGGCCGGCCCGGCUGGGCUGGAGGUCAACACUUAGAAACCCAGUUCAUUUGCUUUAUCAGGAUUGUGUGAGUGUAGGACCUCAACAUCUGUAGUUAGAAAAUGAACUUGUAUGUUUUUAAGAAGAAAAAAAAGAAAAAACAAGACAAUCGGUCAAGUGUUGGGACAAUGUUUUACUAACUUCUCUGUCAAAACUGUCAAAAUUGUACUAAUUAGUUAUUCAUGUACAAAAAAAAAAGAAUCUAAUUUUCCAGAAGACAAACAGAAAAACAAGAACUCUUCUAAAUCUGUAGGAUCCCAAACUAUUAAUUAUUUUUCAUAAUCUGAAGAUGGUGGGACAAGUGACAUUUGCAGACUUGCAGGAAGUCAGUUAGUUAAAGGAACUAACUACUGAAGCCCUGAUAGGUUAGUGAAGAAAAAAGAUUAUCCCUGCAAAACAUGUUUUUUUAGGGCUCGGGGCUCUUUUAAGGCUUCUGUACAUCAGUCUCAUUUUACAAGUUAACAAUAAAACAGCAGGCGUUUGCAUUUUGCCUGUGGUCCACCAUUAAGAUACGUUUUGGCCCCUCCAAACGAAACAGUUUGGGAGCCUCUGUCUAGUAAGGACUAAGUGUCAGAAUCAGUGGUAGCAUUCCAAAUGGAAGCAUGACUUCCAAAAAAUUGACAAUUUUAUUUUGAAAGUAACGCUUUUAACUUAAGUACUUUGGUAGCUAAUACUUCUGAUUAGCAGUGAGUUAAAUUGAGAAAUAUGUGCUUUUCAGUGUUGGUUUUAAUGCAAUAUGUGAUGCUAACAUAGCUAACGUUAUGUGGUCAUUGAGUCUGACAUUGCUAUCAUAAUGUUCUUUCAUUUGAUUUUACUUUAGUGAAAUUGAACUUUAAAAUCUGCCCAUGUGUAGAGUAAAAUGUUUUUAACCAGGUUACAUUUUAAGGCUCUCAUGCUUCACUCAUAACGAUCCAUGUGUGAGCGAGCUCACAUCAGCUUUGUCUGUUUGUUUUGAUCAGCUAGUUCAUCAAAAAAUCUCUUCUGAGCAACUAGUUUCUGCGCAAACCCCCUUUCAUUAAGUCAUGUGUUAAUGUCCACCUAAUAAACACACAUUCAGGCUGUGAAUAUCCAGUGCAGCGCAGUGUUUCAGUUUGCUUCGACUGGCAAAUUAAGCAGAUUCUAAUCCUAACAUCAUUUUCCCUGUCGGAGAUCUAAAAUUGAGUUUUUUUUCUCUUCUUUUUGUGUCAAGCGAUUAUAUAUUAUUGAACGUGGCAAAUAUUGAAACUUCAGACUUUACCUCACAUUUUUUUCAUUGCCAGUUUUAUUUUAUUGCAAACGUGUAUUUCAGACAUUUCAUUUAUGAUCUUUUGGCUUGCAGUCGCGUUGCUUUUAGAGUUUGAAACACUCUCCAGGUUCAAGUGGAAUAGUUGGACAGACAUGGAGGGCACAAAGCUGAGGUGAUGCAUCAGUAGUACGGUAAGAUGCUGCUUUUUAAUGAGGGAAGAGAACGUAGAAAUAAGAGAAAAGAAAAAUGAUGAAUGAGAUGAGGAUUUUGUUCAGAAGAUGGAAGUUCUUGGGAGGAUGAUGAGGAUUUCUGCUGCGGUUGAUGGUCUGUGAAGCGUCAGAGAAUGAUGAGAGAAAGUCAGUGGGUGUCAAGUUUAUGGAGGCUUUAUGUAAGAUACUUCUGUGUUUUCUAACACUUGACUUUGUUACUGUAAAAUGUGUUCCUGUUGUAUAUGUGGCAUCGAGGCACUUCAUAAUUCUUUAUAUUUUUGUACAUCAGUCAUCGUUCCUGUUCCGAUCAAAAGAAAUAAUUUAAAAAAGAUGUGUAUCCUAACUGAAUAAAAAAGCAAUACCCAAACUCUUAAUAUGUUGUGAUUU